GCUAGCCAACCGAGUGGCCUGUACUUCCAGUCAUCAUGAAGUCUCUCAUUUUUCUGGGGCUGGUCCUCCUGUCUGUGACCGUACAGGGCAAGGUCUUUAAAAGGUGUGAGCUGGCCAAAACUCUGAAAGCUAAAGGAAUGGAUGGCUACCAAGGAAUCAGCCUGGCAAACUGGAUGUGCUUGGCCAAGGCAGAGAGUAAUUACAACACACAAGCCACAAACUACAAUCCUGGAGACAAGAGCACUGAUUAUGGGAUAUUCCAGAUUAAUAGCCACUACUGGUGCAAUGACGGCAAAACCCCAGGAGCUGUUAAUGCCUGUGGGGUAUCCUGCAAAGCUUUGUUGCAAGAUGACAUCAGUCAGGCUGUGGCGUGUGCGAAGAGGGUUGUGAGGGAUCCACAAGGCAUCAGAGCAUGGGUGGGAUGGAAAAAUCAUUGUCAAAACAAAGAUCUCAAACCAUACAUCAAUGGCUGUGGAGUAUAGCUGCAGCAUUUCCUUCCUCAGCUCUUUUUGUCUCUUUUUUGCAUAAAGGAAGUAGCAGAUAAUCAAAGUUUCACACUACCAUUGCUUCCCCUCCAAAGAAAUAGAAGUUUUACAGAAGCACUACAAGCAUAUAACCUUUCUUCUGAGAGGCUUAAUGUGCAUGAAUAACUCUUGUUAUUUCAUUUCACAAAUAAAGCAAAUGAGAGUGAAAA